AUUUAAGAUGGCGGCGGCGGUCCCUGGGCUCGGUCCCCGGUUACUAUGGGCCGCCCUGCUCCUGGCAGCUUCCUCGGCCUGCCCCCCGCCAUGUUCCUGCACUGACGGCCUGGUGGACUGCAGCAGGCGCCGGGCGACUGCCGUUCCUCAGCAGCUUCCAACCUGGGUCCAACAGCUAGACUUGAGUCAUAACCUAUUGGUUUCCACAAAAGACACUGCAUUUGAGGGUCUUCACAGACUUUCGGAAGUGAAUAUCAACUAUAAUCUACUCUCUACAAUCCCGACAUUGGGAGCAGUAACAACUAACAUUACCAUCCUGUCACUAGCACAUAAUCGGGUAGUGGAGAUAAUUACAGAGGACCUUCAGCCAUACACUGCUUUGGAGACCUUAGACCUGAGCUCGAAUUUGAUUUCAGAAGUCAAAACUUCAUCAUUUCCUAUAAUGCAGCUAAAAAACUUACACUUGAACAAUAAUCGAAUAACCAUCCUAGAGCCGGGCUGUUUUGAUAAUCUGUCCAGCACCUUGCUUGUCCUCAAACUGAACAGGAAUAAAAUUGCUGUCAUCCAGCCAAAGAGCUUCCAAUUGCCUCAGCUUCAGUACCUGGAGCUAAAGCGCAACAGAAUCAGAGUUAUCGAGAGCCUGACGUUUCACGGCCUCAACUCGCUGAAGUCAUUGAAACUGCAGCGUAAUGGGAUCUGCGAACUCAAGGAUGGAGCCUUCUGGGGGCUGAAUGAAAUCGAGGAGCUGGACUUAGUACAUAAUAACUUGACUGAAGUGACCAAAGGCUGGUUGUACGGCCUCAAACUGCUGCAGCAGCUCCACCUGAGCCAGAAUGCUAUCACCAGGGUCAGUGCUGAUGCCUGGGAGUUCUGCCAGAAGCUGACCGAAUUAGACAUGACCUACAAUCAGAUGACUCGUUUAGAUGAGUCUACCUUUGUAGGCUUGAAUUUGCUUGAGAGUUUGUACAUGGGAGACAACCGAGUGAGUUAUAUCGCUGAUGGAGUCUUUAGCAGCUUGUCUAACCUGCUGACACUUGACCUAAGGAAUAACGAAAUCUCAUGGGCAAUCGAGGAUUCAAAUGGCGCCUUUGCUGGAUUAGACAAGCUGCGAAAGUUAAUCCUGCGGGGAAGCAAAAUAACAUCCAUCACAAAGAAGGCAUUUUCUGGGCUCGAAACACUUGAAUACCUAGAUUUGAGCAACAAUGCUAUCAUGUCUAUUCAAGAGAAUUCUUUUGCCCAAAUGAACUUGAAGGAUCUGGGUCUAAACACAUCGAGUCUUCUGUGCGACUGUCAGCUGAAGUGGUUGCCUCAUUUUCUGGUGGAAAAGCAGUUUCAGCACCUGGUCAUUGCUAACUGUGCUCAUCCUGUGUGGCUGGCAGGGAAAAGCGUCUUCAAUGUUGAUGCAGAGGACUACGUUUGUGAUGCAUUCCCAAAGCCUGUGAUUACUGUCCAUCCUGAAACCACCGUGGCACUGAGAGGGAUGAAUGUCAGCUUUAGCUGCACAGCCGGCAGCAGCAGUGACUCUCCCAUGGCUGCUGCCUGGAGAAAAGACAGCGAGUUAUUGUACGAAGCUGAGAUCCAGAACUACUCCAGCUUGCAAGAGCAGGACGGCGAGUUUGUUGAAUAUACCACGGUGCUACAGCUGCGGAACAUCAACUUCACCGAUGAGGGGUGGUACCAGUGUGUCAUCACAAAUUACUUUGGCUCCAAUUACUCUAACAAGGCAAAGCUCACUGUGAAUGAACUCCCUUCGUUUAUGAAAAUCCCCAUGGAUUUAACAAUCCGGACGGGUGCAAUGGCACGGCUGGAGUGUGCCGCAGGAGGUCACCCGAUGCCACAGAUCGCCUGGCAGAAAGAUGGCGGCACAGACUUUCCGGCAGCACGGGAACGCCGUAUGCACGUUAUGCCAGAGGAUGAUGUCUUUUUCAUUGCAAAUGUGAAGAUCGAGGACAUGGGCAUGUACAGCUGCAUGGCCCAAAACACGGCAGGGGGCAUUUCAGCAAAUGCCACACUCACUGUCUUAGAAACUCCUUCGUUUGUGCGGCCGUUGAAAGACCGGACUGUCGCCAGAGGGGAGACUGCUGUUUUGCAGUGUAUAGCUGGUGGGAGCCCCACUCCACGCCUGAACUGGACCAAGGAUGAUGGUCCUUUAAUUGUAACAGAGAGACACUUCUUUGCUGCUGCCAACCAGCUUCUGAUCAUAGUGGAUGCUGGCCCAGAGGACAUUGGGAAAUAUACCUGCGUCAUGUCCAACACACUUGGGACGGAGCGUGGUCACAUAUAUCUGAACGUAAUUCCAACUUCCAACUGCAACUCCAUGCAGAAAAGCUCAGUCUUUGAGGAGGAUGGCUGGACAACAAUUGGAAUUGUAAUCAUAGUUGUGGUGGUUUGUGUUGUGGGCACAUCUCUGGUCUGGGUGAUUGUUAUAUAUCACAUGAGACGGAAGAGUGAGGAUUACAGUAUUACAAACACAGAUGAAAUGAAUUUACCUGCCGACAUUCCAAGCUAUCUGUCUUCCCAGGGAACUCUAUCCGAGCCUCAGGAAGGCUACAGCAACUCGGAGGCUGGAAGCCACCAACAGCUAAUGGCAUCCACUGCCCAUGGCUAUGUGCAUAAAGGCACCGAUGGUAUUUGCUAUGUGGAUACUGGGAGUGAGACAGAUGCAGAUAUCCUGACCACCCCGCUCACAACAAAUUUGCAUGGGAGGAUGGGACCCUUGUAUGCAGGAAGAAGCAGCUUCCACCCGAGUGAGCCUCGCGAAGGGCUUGCACAGCAAGCUAACCCAGGUGGUACUUCUGGGCCACUGGUGAUCUGCUCAGACUGUUACGACAAUGCUGACAUGUAUGUAAAGAACAGAGAGUACUGUCCAUAUACCUUCCUUGGAGAGGAUGAUCCCCUAGAGCAUGCUCUGACCAACAUUGUGGGCCAGCUUCCAAAGGACAGUUUCGCAGGACAUGCUCAGCAUGAGGGUAUGGCCAUAGACAGUCUGAUCACGGAGGCCGACAUGUCUGUUUAUCUAACAAAUCACGAUAGGAUAUGCAAUCCAGCAAGUGUGACACAGCAGCACCGGAAGGAAUCCUGCCCACGGCUUCCAUGGGGCCUGAAUGUGGAUUCAGGACUGCCUUCGCAUUCCCAUUAUUCACAGCAGCCUGUGACUGUCCAUGAGAAUCCCCGGGCUCUUGUGGAAGGUGACGAUGAGACAGAACAUGGCUCUGAGCCUUCUGUGGCCAAUAGCAGACUGAGCCAGAGAAGCCUUGAGCAGAGCGCUGACAGUGAGCGGACACUAGUCGUGCAGGCUUAUGGGGCCACAACGUAGAUCAUCUGUGUGAUGAAAACAAAUGUAUUAUCAAUACCCUGAGCGACAGAACCUCUACCCACUACCUCAAAGCAGUGACACUGAGGCCAGGCACACCGGAUAUGUAUGUUUAUGAUUAGGCUUAAUAGAUCAUCAUUACUCUCUUCAUCUUCAUUUACUGUUAUUUUGUAAGAAAACAACCCUUGUAAGGAGGAAUUAUUCCAUUUUGUGUAUGUUUAUUUUCCCGGUGUAAGCCACAUAAUGUACAUGCUAUAAUGUUAGUAGGUAAUUUUAGCAUAUCUGUGCUAAUACCUUACAGGAAAAGAACACAACUAGAAUUGUGGAAUGCAAGCCCUGAAAUAUUGGCAAACCUCUUAGAAUCACAUAAUAAAAAUUAAAUUUGAUUGUAAACAUUGGCUAUAGGAACAGUCACACUCUGAAUAAUUUGACCCCUUAAUUUUCUCCCUGUUGGUAACGGACUGGAACAUUGUUCAGCUCAGAGUGCUCCCUCAGAAUAACCCCUAGGGUUGGACCACCAAAAUCUAGAAUCAUGUUGCUGGGUAUGUAUUUCACAGUUCCAGUUAAUAUAGUGUGCAAAAUGUCACUGAUAUCACAGUGACAAGACUACAGUAAGUAGCUUUAACUUUUAUGGAUGAGUAAGCAUAUUUAAUUGUUCUCCUGUCUGAAUUAAUUUCACAGUAACACAAUUGCUUGGUUUGCAGCUCUGGAUCUCACUUUCUAAUUAGCCUUCCUAAAAGAAUCUGAUCUUUGCCAAGACAGUAGCAGUAAGUUAGAAAGGCAGCCAAAAGAACAUUCUCUCUUCUCUCCCAAGUGUGACAAUUAUAUAGGCAGUCAGCUGGCAGACAGCAUGCUGAGCUAUUGGUUAUAAUCCAGACUCAGUGCAACAAAUAUAGAGCCAUUAAUGUAAUUGGGCUGCAUUAAUGAUGUGGAAUAUACUGGUUAAAUUGUGGAUUUUGCAUUGCUGCCAAAAUCUGAUUUAUGAUGCUACAAACAUUACUGGUUUUUUAAAUCACUUGAGUUUUAAAAAAGUAUUAACUUGCAGCGCUCCAGCCAAGAUAAGCUCAGUAUGACAUGACCUCUGCAUCCUACUUGCAAGAUUUGAGCAGGACGCGUUUUGGCUUGGCAUCGUACAGCUAAGGAAAAGAGAAAGAUUGACUUGUCUUUGACUGUCUGCGAGUGUGUGAAUUUAAAAAUGCACAUUGUUGAUUAAACAUCUUAGAAGUUCAAGGCUCCAGAUUGUCCUCGUCCAUUCAAGACUUGAACUGGAACCAAAACAUCGACUCCAACCCCAUAUCACGGAAGUGAGCAGCAGUCAUAGUGUUACAGUAAUGCUUUCCUCCUCCUGGGUUGCCUCGUAACUUUGGCAGAAUAAUCAUAAACAUACAUAUGUGAUUUUAUUUUGGCCUACUGAUGAUUCCUUGUUGGGUAGCCAGCAGGAGAGAACUUGCCAGGGGAUGUCAGAAACAAACGGUUCCAUGUGACUGCUGAAACCUUUCCCCCUGGUUACAAUGUUUUUGUCUAUUUUGGAACCUUUGGUAUAAAUUGACUCUUGCAUUUAUAACUUUUAUAAAUAUAUAUAUAUAUAAAUAUUAAAGUAAACUCAAUUGUAGAGCCUUAUAUAAUGUAAAUAAGUUUCCUUUUUUUAAUUAUGAAUUUGAGUGUUUACUGUGAGAACCUGUACAAGUGAUAUACAUAUGGCUGGACCAGCACCUUCAAUUCCACCAUCAAACUGCAUCCAGAAUUAGUCCUGAUACCUGCAGUACAUCUUUAGUCGUCAAUGUCCUAAUCACUACAGAUCAAUGGGAGCCAUUCAUUGCCCUUCCUUGGUUUCAGCAGUUUUGUGCAUAUAACAACCUGAAUAUUUCAUACUUUCCUGGGAUUUUGGAAUGUGCAAUCCCAUUGUAUUGCAGCAGAAACAUCAGUGCAAGGUGGCACAUGAGAGGAAGCUAUAAACAGACGGCAAGGCUGACAUCCCAAUCAUCAGCUUCAGAAACUUGUGAAUCCUCCCAUUGAAUAAGUGCCUGUUCCUAAAUUUCCUGCAAUCACAUUGGACCCAUUGUUAGUAAAUAUGACCAGAUUGAAGUUGUCCAAUAGCUCCUGUUGCCCAAGCACUAACACAUGGUUUGAAGUGGCUCAUUAGUGACAGCUGCCUCUACAACCAAUUCGCUAUUUGGACAAAAGUAAAAUACUCUGGAUGAAAAUGCUGGAAAUACUAAGGUUUCUGUGGCGCGAGAAACAAAGUUAAUGUUUCGAGUCAAUGACCUUUCAUCAGAACCAGUGAAAGCAAACCUGAUGAAAGCUCACCAAUCUGAGAUACUGCUGAAAAAUCGAGGAGGGGAAAUCCUGCCCCAACCCUAACUCUAUUCAAACCCUUCGGCAAAGAACCUGUUGGUCCCAUUGCAGGAACAUUAAUUAAAUGGCCAAUCAAGUCAGCAUUUUGCCUUCAGCAGAAUGUAAUUCUAAUCAUGAUGAAGAAGUCACCUUCAGCUGUAAAUUGAUUGAGAGUGAGCACGGCCUCCCCUACCAGGAUGGCAUAGGAGCCACUGCAGAUACCAUACCAUACCCUAUGCCUUAUGCUAUCACCAGAUCAUGCCACAGUCACCAUGUGGGGUAGGCUAGUACCUAAGCCAAAUCUCCCUGGGUACAUUAGCCUUGUGGUUCUGGUACUGCUCUCAUAAACAGUUGCACCCCCAUGAUGGUAAGUUUUGAGUUCAAUAAACUGUUACCUCUUGGUUUAACACCAGGAGAGGUAUGAAAACUGCCUGGUUAUUGUGGGAAUGUCCUUCUGAGCAGGAAAACUGCCAUUAAUGCUCCAUCUGACCUUGCACAGAUCUCUCUUUCACACCAUGUGGUUGAUUCUUUAAUGCCUUUCCAUAGUCAGCCACAUCCAGAGAACAAUCAGUCUCAAAGCAGGAAAACACAUUUAACUGCUGACAGACUGGGCUGCUAUAGCACAUUCAGUACUUUCCUACUUGUUUAUUGUGUUUCUUGUUUAGCAGCGAAGAAAAUUUUUAAGUUUUGCUGAAAGAAAGAGACAUGUUGAAGCUUUUCAUCUUGCACUUAUCAAUACACUUCACAAGAAUACCAAUAUAAAGGGAAAACAACAAUUUAUCCUGUUUGAGAAGAGAAAGCACUUUCUUAUAGAGUAAGUUUUUUUCCCCUUAUAUUGGUAUUCUUGCAAAGUGCCCUGAUGAGUGCAAGACAAAAAGCUUCAACAUAGUUUUUUCAGCAAUGCUGGAGUUCUGUACUACCAAACAACUUUUUAAGUUGCUAUGCACAGUAAGCCUGUAAUCUGCCUUAAUCAACUAUAAGGUACUGGCUGAUGGUUUUGCUCAAGUUACGAUGAGAUAUGAGUCACUAAGCUCCUAGUUUGAGACAUCCUCAGGAUACACUAUAUCCAAGUUUGUAGGCUGCAGCUUAACUUGAAACAUAGACAAAAGAGUUUCAGAAAUGAUCUUCAGACAUUCACAGCACAGUCUGCAAGGGCAGUUUGUGAAAUGUUUGCAAUGGCUUGGCGCAGUGAUUAACUUCACACUGCUUAUCUUUAUUAAAUAAAUAUUACUGGAAACUGCCUUGUUGGUGUGGGACUGGAGUCGCAUGUAAGCCCAACAGGGUGCAGAUGGGAGAUUUCCAUCUUUAAAGGGCAUUAGUGAACCAGUUAGGCUUUUUGCGACAAUCCAACAGCUUCAUUGUCACUUCAUUUCUUUUUUGAAGGAAUUUGGUUCUGAAUUGCCAUGUUGAGAUUUGAACCCCUAUUCUGUUUAUUAUUAAUACAGGCUGCUAUUACUAGUCUAGCGACAGAAGCAUUACACUGCUACACUCGACUGACAUGUUUGUACUCUGCACACUACUUGCUCCUGACUGUUCAAAUCUUUGCAUGCUCCUCUGGAAAGCUACCCUUGAUAUAAUGUGUUAAUUAUCCCACUCACAUUACUGUUGUCUCUCAAUUUUUGGAUCACAACUGAGAAAAUAUGGAAGGAAUAGAAUUUCAUUAAUAGUUUUUCAUUGUUGUGAAGCUUUUUUUAAAUCAGCUGGUGGUAAUGAUUAACAACAGAUUUAUUUGACCUGAUUCUGUCAGAGAUUGUACUGCACUGUGAUUUAUUCCAUUGAUAUCAGGAUUAAUUUCAGUACCCAGUCAUUAAUGAUUUACCUUGGUGAAUUAUUAGUUAAACUUUCAAUUCCAAUACAUAUAUAAGCCAUAGUAAAGAUUUGCUGGGAUGGAUUGACUGGUUGGUAACCGGUUUCUGGCUUUUGUGCAGAAGGUUAUCUUUACUCAGCCUAAUUUUAGAAUUUUACAGCACAAACAAGCCAUUUUGGCCCAUCUGACCUUUGUUGGUGUUUAUACUCCACAUGAGCUCUCCUCCCCCAUCCUACCAGCAUAACCCAUUCCAUUCUUUCUCAUCUAAGUUAUCUAAAUUCCCCUUAAACAAGUUCCACAUUCUGGGUAAAGAAGUUUCUCCUGAAUUCCCUAUUGGAUUGAUUAGAAACUAUCUUAUGUUUAUGGGCCCCUAAUUUUGCCCACAAACAGAAACAGCUGUCAAAUCUACCUUAUCAAGUCCCCUUCAGAAUUGUGAAGACCUCUAGCAGGUUGCCUAUCCGUCUUCUCCCUCCCAGAGAGGAGAGCCCCAGCCUGUUCAGUCUUUUCUGGUAGUUAGAACCUCUGCUGUCAUCCUUGAAAAUUGUUUUUGUGUUUUCCCCAGUGCCUUUGGAAUCUGCAUUUUUGUGCUGGUGCAUUUGUCUUCGAAAAUAUUUUGGUGAGGGGCUGUCACCUGUGUUAGAGAUGCCAGUGUGACUAAAGUCAGUGGGUUUCCGCCAUCCAAUAGCUUUGGGAUGUGAACAUUUUAGCAGUUGUACUAUGGUCAUUGCUGCUCUGAAUUUUCCCCUCAUUCGUCGAAAGCUUUGAGCGUAUUCUUGCUGGGUUGAAUGUGGUCUAACCCAGGCCACAGUUUACUGUCUUUCUUCCCUCAAUCUCCUGCAUUGCAAACUCCACCUCUCUGGCCUCGCCCCCUCCUGCCCUUUGCAGCCUACCCUUAAAACUCUGACCAUUUCCCAAUUCCUUUCUCUUGCCAGUGGUAUGUGUCUUUAGAAUCUCUCCCUGCAUUCGUUCAUCACCACCUCCAUCCUCAGAGGCCUUCCCAAACUGAACCUCUUGGACUUUCUGUCCCAACAGCCCUCCUACUUCUGAUUCCCAGGAAUGUAUUCACUACAUUUGGCAUUGCUAUCCAAAUGAAAAUUUGGAUGAAGCUUUUCAUUGUCUCCUAUUCUUAAUUCAUUCUUUCCCAGAACUUCAAAGCAAUUAAACCACAUUAUUAACUCUAGCUAAACCCCUUAAUGAUUUUUAACACCUCUAUCAAAUCUUCUCUUGGCCUUCCUUAUUUUAAUAAGAACGUUGACUGCACUGUCUGGCUUUAGUUCCAGUGGUUUCUCACUGAUCUGUUCCCCCAGGUAAAUCUGUAGCUGAUCGAGUUCCCUACCUGACCUGAUUUCUGAUCUUCAGCGCCCUCUAUGGGAAAUAUGUCUUAAGACAGGCUAGGUGAUCAAAGAGUGCCUGAAGGGCAGUAGUUCACAACGAUAUCAAUCUUCUUUUUCCUGUUUUCGGUGCAAAAUUGAAAUGGGUGUGGUGGGGGGGGCUAAACAUCGAAAAUCAAAGAAAAGCAAAAAAAAAAAUGGGUGUGAUGUAUAAAGAGAAACAGGUUAAGGUUUGGAUAUCGAAUUUUGUCAUUCGUUGCCGAAGGAUCUGGGAGCAGACCUGACUGGAAAUGUUAUGUGGGUCGGUCCUGGAGAGGGUGUGGGGGUGGAAGGCAGGGUCUAAGCAAAUAUUGGACUUGUACAUGCAGAACAGAAACAGGCCUUUCAGCCCAUCAUGCCUCUGCUGGUUCUCUGAAAGAGCAAGCUGGUUAUUUUGUUAGAUGCACAUAGUGCCUGAUGAAACUUUCAAGCAGGAUUUAAAGUUAAUUUAAUACUUUGCUUUAAUUUGUAUUCAUGCAGGUACUGUACUGUGAUCCCUCUCUACAGGUACUGUACUGUGAGCCCUCUAUGUAGGUACUGUUCAUUAAAUCUGUUGUCUAUAGGUACUACGCUGUGAACCCCCUCUGUACAGGUACUGUGCUGUGAACCCAUCUGCAAUUGUGUGCAGGUGUGACCAGUGUCUGUCGUUGUGUAUAUUUGUUUCACUUCAGUCAUGUGUACAUUCUGUAAAGCAUGUGUAAAAUAAACCUGUUUCUGUAAAAUACCUUGUAUUUCUGCAUACAGUAAAAAAAAAGUAGGAAAAACUGA